AUGAGCUCGUCGUGGUUGCCGCUCGACGACAACGACGCGAUGCACGACCCGAUUGAGGAGCUGCGCAACCCGCGUCAGGCCAAAGAUGACUUUUUGAAGUAUUUGAAAGAGGAGGUGUUGAAGUUGAACUUUUAUCGCGCGCAUAUGCUGUAUUUCGUCGUCGUUAUCGCGAUCUCCUCGGUCAUUGUUUACGGGCAGGGUCUUGCUAAUGGGCCCAAAGAGUAUGGAGAUGCGCAUGUGACGUACACCGACGCGCUGUUCUUGUGCACCAGUGCUAUGACAACUACAGGGCUCAAUUCGGUAGACCUCGGAGAUCUCUCCGGCUUCCAGCAAGCGACCUUUGCCGUGCUGCUAAUGAUUGGCAACAUACCAUUUGUAUCGACAGCAGUGGUACUCAUCAGAAGAGCACUGUUCCGGAAGAAGAUGGCAGAUGUCGUCAAACAUUCGCACACGAUGCAAAGACUCGUGCAAGAUAUCGAGAACAGUCAUUCGGAUCAAGCAGAAAGCAGCAGCAGUACCGGAAGCCUGCGUCAGCGAUCGAACGGAAAACAAAACCAGGCAGCAAAGAAAGUACAAGAAGAAAACGAGGAGCCGCCGCAAGCAAAGAUGUAUCCAAAGUCUAGAAGACGCACAUAUCAUUACGAGACCGGAUUUGGCUUCAUACCAACACCCUGGGAAAUCAAGUCCGCACGCAACUUCUUCAGCCGCAUACUGGAUCGCUUUUCGACAGAGUUGAAACCCGAGAAACACGACUACGUCUCCUUCAAGCCGCAUCUCGACUCCAAGGGUCGAUUCCGCGAGCUCAGUGAGCAAGAUCGCAUGGAACUUGGGGGUGUGGAGUAUCGCGCACUCCAAGCUCUGUUGCUCAUCCUGGUGGGCUAUCAGAUCUUCUGGUACCUGCUUGGUAUCACUUUCCUGAUACCGUACGCAUAUCGCAACGAUACCAAAAGCACAUUGUAUCAAGAGCAGCCAGGUGCCAUCAACCCAGGAUGGUGGGCAUACUUUGCGACGGUGACGGAAUUCUCGAACGGUGGACUCAACGUACUCAACGCUAACUUCGUUCCCUUCAGCGGCAAUGCAUAUGUUUUGCUUGUGGCCGCAUGUUUGGCCUUCGCUGGUCAGACGCAGUUUCCGAUUUUACUCCGCAUCACGAUAUGGGUAUUGAAGAAGAUACUGCCAAAAGAGUCUCGCAUCAGAAACACGAUGCAAUUCCUUCUACAGCAUCCACGACGAUGUUUCAUAUACCUUUUCCCCAAGCGCGAGACAGUAUACCUCUUUCUUGUUCAGCUCGGUAUCGAUAUCACUGCCUGGCUUUGCUUCGAGAUAUUGAACAUCGGCAUGCCAGAUGUUGAAGCUCUAUCCACUGGCGCUAGAGUAGUAGACGGACUCUUCAUGGCCAGUGGACUACGUACUAGCGGCGCAUACAUCAUCAACAUGAGUUCGCUCGCGCCCGCAUGCUUGGUGGCUUAUUUAGUCAUCAUGUACAUCUCGAUCUACCCCAUGACGUUGGUACUGCGGAAGACGAACACGUACGAGGAGAAAUCGAUCGGUCUGGAAGAGAAUGAUAGCAGUGCUGCUGGCGUAGCAUCACACUUGCAAAAGCAGCUCGCCUACGACAUCUGGUUCCAGUUCUUUGUCUUCUUUCUCAUAUGUAUAAUUGAGCGAGGUCACAUCCUGAACGCAUCACCAGGAUUCAGCAUCUUUUCGAUAUUAUUCGAAGUCACAUCGGCAUAUGGCACUGUCGGCUUGAGCCUCGGUGUACCGGGAAAGAACACCAGUCUAUGCGGCGACUUUGCCAGCUUGAGCAAAGUCGUCUUAAUGGCUGCUAUGCUACGUGGUAGACAUCGUGGACUACCUUUGGCGAUCGACAGAAGCAUUCUUCUACCCGGCGAAGAGUUGAUGCAUCGCAUGGAUCAAGAGUACAGCUCGAGGGGCACAGAAAACCCACAAGAAGAGGCAGAGCUGAGAGAUGACAUUGAAUCAAGUGGCGAGCAACAAAAGAAUGGUGGAAAGGGCGACCAAGAUCCCGAAGACAGAAGAGGGUCGCAACCGGACAACGAGGCUGGUCAGGAAGGGGCGGGGGAGACAGUCGCAGAGUCCAACCCCUGA